AUGAGCACAUUUGGAGUGGACUUUGGAGCCAUCACUUUGCAUGGUGUAUGUAGAAACAGGACUUGGGUGUGUGACAACAAAGCAGAAAAGGGAAUAUGUACAUUGUACGGAGAAGGUCACUACAUCACCUUUGACAAUAAACACUACACAAUCAAUGGAGAUUGUGAAUAUACUUUGGUUCAGGAUUACUGUGAUAUUGAUCAUUUAUGGAAUGGAACAUUUAAAGUCAUCUCAGAAAAUGUCCCAUGUGGGACAACAGGAAAUUCUUGCUCAAAGGCUAUCAAAGUCUAUCUAGGGAAUCAUAAACUUAUUCUCGCAAAUGGAGACUUAGAGGUUUUGGAAAGACCCAGUGAUGUUGAGGUUUCUUACAAGGCUCACAGGAUGGGCUUAUUUCUAAUCAUUGAGACCAACAUUGGACUAGUUUUAGUAUGGGACCGGAAGACAAGCAUUUACAUCCAUCUAAGCAUAAAUUUUAAGGGGAAAGUAUGUGGUCUUUGUGGAAACUUUGAUGGAAAUGGCAACAAUGAUUUUACCACAAGGAGUCAAUGUGUAGUUGAAGAUGUGAAACAAUUCAGAGAUAGCUGGAAGGUGUCUCCCUACUGCCCAGAAGUCUACAUAUCCAAGGAUCCUUGUGUUGUUAACCCAUACAGAAUAGCCUGGGCCCAGAAAAUGUGCAACAUUAUUAUCAGCCAUGUGUUUGCGUCAUGCCACAGUGAGGUUGACCCUGAGAAGUAUUACGAGGCUUGUGUCAAAGACACAUGUGCUUGUGAUAUGGGAGACGACUGUGAUUGCUACUGUACUGCAGUCUCAGCUUAUGCCCAAGCUUGUAAUGAAGCCUGUGUGUGCGUUAUGUGGAGAUCUCCAACUGUCUGCCCUCUUUUUUGUGAUCUCUACCAUAAAGAAGAUCAGUGCCAGUGGCACUAUAAAGCUUGUGGUGCUCAUUGCAUGAAAACCUGCAGGAAUCCCACAGGCAUAUGUUUGUCCAACCUAAAAGGUUUAGAAGGCUGUUACCCCAAGUGUCCCGAAGAUAAGCCUUAUUUUAAUGAAGAUGAAAUGACUUGUGUGUCUCAGUGUGGCUGUCUGGACACAGAAGGAAAUUACUACAUGCUUGGAGAAAAGGUGGAAUCCUGCAAUGUCUGUGAAAUCUGCAUCUGCACACCAAAUGGAAUUUUGUGUCAUAUUGAUUUAACGGCUUGCCAUUGUAAUUAUGAUGGAACAUUGAUGGAAAUUGGUGAAGUAAUCCAAAUAGAUGAUGGGCCUGAUGGCUGCAAAAUAGUGUUAUGUCAGUUAAAUGGCACCACUGAAACUCCAUGUUAUACAACCACAGAAAAAAGCACAGAAAUGAUGCUAGAUGAGGCAUUUAAUAGUAAAUUUAUUUUUAUAUUGAAAAGAACAUUUUGA